GAUUAGAUAUAAAAGUGAUGAGCUAAUCAUUGAAGAACAUCAUUCCUGCGCUAGCAUUCCAGGGGUAGAAUACGUUAGAAGUGUAGCAAUUAAUCAAUGAAAAUGGGGAACUUUGUUUUAAUUGCUUUGAUUGCUUUCGUCGGGGUCACUUUUUCUGAGCCCCAGCAACCAAAUCUAGAAGAUAUUGGAAAAAUACCCAACGGAGAAACGUUUGCCCUGGAGUGCUUGUUGUCAAGUGGGUUGGAUAUCAGUUCUCUGAAAUCAUUACAAACCGGCGAUUUUACGAAUGGGGAUAAGGCUAAGUGUUUGGUGAAAUGCUUUUUCGAAAAAACCGGAUUCAUGGAUGCUGACGGAAAUUUGAACCAAGAAACGAUUGUAACACAGCUGAGCAAAUUCAUGCCCAAAGACCAAGUUGAGACGCUGGUGAAGAACUGCAAUGUGAAAGGCGCAGAUGCGUGUGAUACGGCCUACCAGGCGACAGAAUGUUACUUCAAAAAUAAAGCCGGGCUGUUUUAGUUUGAAUGAGCUCUUUUUACAUAAUGUA